AUGACCUCUGUUUCGGUCGCAAUUAUUCGUCAAAUUAGCGAACUUCCCACAUGUCAAUGUAACGAACUGGUGGAUGAAGUGCUACCUAUCAAGUCGGAUACGGUCGAGAAGCAAAAAUCUUCUACAGAUGGACAGCUGCAGCAGCAAGUGACACGCCAGCGAACCAAACUGGAGCUGGCCGUCCAGUCCGCCUUGGAAGCGGCCAAAGAUGUUUUGAGGCCUCCGACGCCUCCACCUCCUCCACCAAUACCCCCUCCUCCACCAAGGCAUGUUAUUUUUGAGGGCCAUCUGUCUUAUAUUUCUUCUUAA